AUGCUUCGCUUCACCAGGCGGCUUGGCGAGCAUGUCGCGAUGUCCGCUGCCGUGGGCUCCCCAGUGUACAAAGAGAUGCCCAACUUCUUCUGGCACCGGCGGGUGCACAACUUCCGCCGCCGCGGGGCUUUCGGGAGGCUCGCGACGCUGGCCGGCUACGGGGCUGCCGGUGCUGGCGUGUACGUGGCCACCUGCGUGGUGGUGCGCACUCUUCACCAGCCCACUGUCGACACGCUCUUCGCACCCGGCAGGGACUACACGCUGGAGGAUUGGAAAGAUGUCGAGCCGACGCUGCAGCCCGGGGACAUCAUUCUCAUGCGCGGUACCGGGCCUGUGAGCUGGUGCAUCACGACGCUGCAGUUCAUCUUGUCCUUCAAGCCUGCGGCGCUCCGCUACUCUCACGUGGCGGUGGUGGUGGCACCCGCGGUGAUCGAGCACAUUAACGACGACACGAGCGAGACUGGCGCGCCUGCCGCGCCCGGGCACACCGGGGCGAGGGGAGCGGCGUCGUCCUCGAAAGUGUGGGCCUUAUCCACUCCUCCAUACCGGGUGCGCGACCUCAGCGAGGUCUUCGAGAGAGGCACGGAGGGCGCUGAGUCGCCUGCACCGGCACCUGGCCCCCGUGUGCCAGUGUCCCCGGCUCUCUGGGUUCGCGAGCAACUUCGGGCUGAGGAGGCGGCGCUGCAGAGGCGCCCUGUGAUUCGCCGCGGCGCCAUCAUCCUCGAGGCGAUGGACAACAAGGAGUACGACGUGGUGGAUGUGAAGGGGAAUGUGACACACGACACAGUGCAACUGGUCGAGGCAUCGCGGCGGCUGCUGUCGGUGACGCCGUCGGGCGUGCCGGCCUACCACUACUUUGCUGUGCGCAGGCUGCGCAACUACGAUCAUACACCGGAGCGGGAGAGGCGGCUGGCGCGCUUCUGCGAGGAGAGCGAAGGGCGACGCAUGGACUCCAGUCUGCUGUACCCACUGGCCUUUCUAUGGCCGCGGCUCCACACCCAGGCGCACCCGCUGCGGCAGCUAAUCACGGGCGAGGUCUCCUGCAGUGAGCUGAUUGUGGAGCUGUACCAGGAGCUCGGGGUGCUAAGGCGACGGUGGCGGUGGGUGCCGCUGGAGCGUGGCACCACAGCCCCCGCGCUGCCUCCAUCGAAUGACGCCACUCGGCAGGGGAACGCGAGGAGCGACGGGCAGCACAGCGCCAGCAACGAUGAGAACAAUGGGAGGGACGUGGUGGCGCCGCCUCCGCCGCCGACUGCGGCGGACGUGAAGGACGAUCGCCGAAGUCGCAGUUUACACGUGUACGACUACGCCUACGGUCGACUGGAGGCGCGUGCCCAGCGGCCCGUCAUCACGCGCGAUCGCCCGCUGCUUCCCGACACGUCCGUCGUGGAGAACAGUGAGGCGAUAGCCGCUGCUGACGUGCGGCUUCGCUCUAGCAGGGCCCGACUUAAGCCGUCGUGGGAUCAUAUCGCUCGCAUGGAAUAUAUUACAAACUUUUACGGCCGCCCCCUCACUGGCGAUGCCGAGGAGCUCGCCCGUCAGCAGAUGAAGCAGCGGUCAGAGGCGACGUACCACGUUGAUAUGGCGGUGCCACCGCUUGUACUGCGGGCUGGUGACACGGCCAGGGGUGUCGAUGGCCGCGACUAUCAGCUGCAGUGGUACUACGAGCACAGCAGCGUGGCCACGUGCCCGUACCAUUUCACAGAAGGCGCGGGGGAGUCGGUGCUCGACUUCGCCGCUAACAUGAGCCUUGGUCGCGAGUCGCACAUGCGCAUUGUGCGCGAGGAGGACGCGCUCUCGCGUGCAAUGGAAGAGGAUUAG